GCCACCACAUAAACCACCAAAAGCCAAAUCUAUCUCCAUCCUUUUUCCCACCCAUCACACAUCCACCAAUCUCAUCUCCCAAAGAAUAUUCAUCAAGAUCAAACCAAGAAUACUAAGAAUCAAACCGCCAAAAAGAGAGAGAGAAAGAGCAACUUUAGUAGUAUAUGCACUAGAGAUCACAUCCCCCCCUCUCUCUCUCUCUCUCUCUCUCUCUCUCUUCAUGGUCUUCUUUGAAACGCACUCUUGAUCCCUUAUUUGCACACUUACUCCUUAAAUUCUCAUAUACAGACAUAUAGUUUUUUGCCAUCAAUGGAUUCAACUACAAGUGGUAGCAUGCAAUCCUCAAGCGGGGGCGGCGGCGGUGGCGGUGGCGGUGGCGACGAAGAGUUUUCUUCGCACCCUCAUGAAUACAUCUCCUCCUUCUUAACCUUCCCACCACCACCACCACCACCACCACCACAACAGCCACCAAAUUCUACUCCCUUUGAUCCCUUCUCAACUUUUCUCAACCCCUUUCCCCCUUCCUCAAACCCUAGUAAUCUCACUCCCCCGGCUCGCACCGAUGUCGCGGACUUCACCGCCAGCUUCCGCCCACAACCGCAGCCACCGACGACAUCUUUACCCUCGAACACGGUCCCGGUGCAACCCCCAGCCCCACGCGGGGGGUCGAGGAAGCGGUCGAGGGCGUCGCGGAAGCCGCCGACCACCGUGCUCACCACUGACACAUCGAACUUCCGCGCCAUGGUCCAGGAGUUCACCGGCUUCCCCACGCCGCCCUUCGCCUCCUCAUCUCCUUUCGUCCGCCCCCGACUUGGCCUCUUACAUCCUACCGCCACCGUCGCCGGUCCUCCGCCGCCGUACCUCUUACGCCCGUCCCCUCAAAAGGCGCAAACCGUGAUCGACGCGAUCGCGUCCAUUGCUAGAAAUAGCAACAUUGGUUCUUCUUCGUUGAGUUCGGAACAACAACGGCGACAGCAGCAGCAGCAGCAGCAAGAACAACAACAACAAAGAGCGCAGACGGCGGAGCUCAUUGCAGGUGAUGGGUUAGCGAAUUGGAUUGAUUAUGACGGACUCGAUCAGAUUCAAACACAAACGCAAACCCAAAGCCUGUUCGGGACGGAUGUCGGAGACUACGGCGACUCACAGGGUGUCGACUACAUCUCGAGGUUGUCGUCGUCGACGACGGAGAUUGGGAGCUUCCAUGCGGCAGAUAAAGGAGUGGGAUUGUUGAGCCAUGUCGACGUGAAUGGGAGAAGGUAGAGUAGAGUAAUCAUAACUAUGAAUAAUUUCUUUGUAUUUGUUAAUUGUAAGAAGAUAAUUAAGAGAGGAGCAAGAUGAAAAAAAGGGAAAAGUGGAAGGGUUGGGGUGUGAAUUAGGAGGAGUAGAUCUUUUCCUCUACUACUUAACCAUCAUGCAUCUUCCAUGAGUUCAUAGUACGUACGCAAAAGCUUUGGAUUACAUCUUUGUUUUUUUCGCGCCUAUGCCCCUCAAACUAUAUGUUAUUUCAUAUCUGAGGGUAAGAACCAAUGUAUUAAGGUCCCUCAAAUUAUAUGUUAUUUCAUAUCUUAGGGUAAGAACCAAUGUAAUUAAGGUCCCUCAAGUUACAUGUUAUUUCAUAUCUUAGGGUAA